AUGUGCCUCAAUUUUGCAUACAGUGACAUUUAUCAGGACUACAUAAACAGAUUAAGUAUAAAUUGUCACAACAAUUGUGAUUAUGAUCAAAUAAGGAGAAGUACUUUUAUACCUAGAGAGGAUUUUUUCAAAUAUUAUAAUUUCCCCUUUUACGACAACAACUUUGAAUUAGAAUCAGAACAAUUCUAUGAGGAUGAAAUUUGGGGAGAUUCUGAUGACGAUGUUAGUGGUGUAGAGGAGGUGGGAAAGUUUGCUUUGGAGAGAUAUGAUGCUUGGACCUAUAAGUCCAGGACUAGUCGAAUAAAGAAUCUUAUACAUGGGAUACCCGAUCGUAAAGGGGGUGUCCUAUCAAGCGGGAAAGACAACUAUGGGGGGGAUGAUGGUGAUACUGUUUACCGAAGAGACGACAACAAUGGCACAGACUCAAAAUCGUACACCUCCCAACUCUUCCAACUUAUGAGUCAAAGGAAAAAUUGCCACCUGGGGAUUGACAACUACCACGGCAGUGGCGAGAGCAGGGUGACAAAAUUACGCAGGAGUCAAGAACUGUUAAGCGAGUCGAUCAGAGGGGAUGAAAUGGGAGGGGAUAAAAAGGGAUGCCUCGAAAAACUGAAGACACAAGUUUUCUCAUUUUGCAAGAAAAUAUAUGACCCCAGGGAUCCGUCCUUCAUGUCCAAUUUCAACAUUUACUUUUUAAACUACCACGAUAUUAGUAAGAAGAAAAUAAAGAACGCUUUUAAUGAGGACUACAUGUACAUGGUGCAGAAUUUGGCAGAGGCUCAGGGGGACCCCCUCGUUGGACGAUAUUACAAGGGCGUUCACAUGGUACAGAAGAAACAAGUGCAGAAUCGUGAGACGCACCCCAACGGGUGCGCACAGAUUAAAUGGAGGGAGGAUCACUUCAAAGAAGAAGAACAAAUACACGGACAGGUGAGGCACAGUGUGGACGAAUUGGAAGAUACGAAACACCAGAACUCGUCGCAAAGUAGCCAAAAAGGAGAAAAGGGAACAAGUAGCGCAACCUCAAAUGGGUUCAGUGAACAGUGCGGGAUGGAACACAAAGCGAAAAGACAUGGAAGAAGGGUUGACAAAAAAGUGCGGUUAAGCGGAAAUUGGGAUAAAACCCCAGGCGCACAAGACAAAACAGCCAAUUCGAGAGAACUCCAAAGAAGUGCUAGCAAUAAUAUGAAACGACUCUGUUCAGAAGAAAUUGAGAUAUAUUUUAAAAAAGUUUUAAAAAACGAAAUUAUAAAUUUUAAUCAAAAAAGAAUUAAUAAGCGAGACAGAUGGAGUUCUCUGUGUCAGUUUGUUUGUUCGUGCAUAGGUGCCUCGCUAACAGCGCAGUGCUACUUAGACUUACCUCCAAUCAGCUCGUCCCUCGAUUAUGUUCUUCUUUUGUUGUUGCUCCUGUUCUGCUACCUAUUUAUCGGUUUGCCAAUUCUUCAAAUGGAAUAUGCCCUUGGUCAACUAUCACAAGGGUGCAUAAUCAAUGGCUUAAGCUUCUUAAAAAAAAAGUACAGAGGAGUGGCAAUCGCUUCGUUGAUCAUAUCUUUUUGUAUAUUGUCAAGAAGUGCUCAUGACACAGUGGACACUGCAAUUGUUGUUGUGACCUCGGCGAAAAAAACUUUGCCUUGGAAUUUGAAUCAAUGUGAAGGGAUCCCACUCAAGGGGGACUGCCUCCGGAACGGGAAAUGCAUAUGGGUCACUGCUAGAACGGAAAGGAAUGACACCUUUAGGGGGAAUUUUCCCCAAAAUAUAUUCUAUCCGGACCAACGGUUUGGCAUUUUAGAUACACAAAUGAGAAGUGAAAGGAAUGGGUUCAUCUUGACUGAAAUUUCUCCAGCAGGGGAUUACUGUACAUCGGAUGCCACUACAGAGUGGCACUAUUUCUUCACCAAAGAAGUAAAAUUAGUUUGGAAAAUCGGGGCCGUCUUCCUAAUCACACUCGCUUUGUAUUUCCUGCUAAGGGUGGAGGGCAUGUGUCUAACUCAAUGCCUGCAGUAUACAUUUUUCCUCUUCUUCCUUAUAGCCCUUUUUCAAAUAUUUGUUCUGUCCUACGAAUUGAAGUCAAAUAGGUGGGUUCCCAUGAAUGGAGCGGCCGGGGACCAUCCUAAGAAUGGCCAUACAAAUGGCAGUAUCUUUUUCAGCACCAAAUAUUUCCUUUACCUAAAUUUCGAAGUAAUAGGAAAAGUAUGUACCCUGGUGUUGAUGUCUCUAAAUUGUAGUACAGGAAUUAACUACCUGUUUUCUUCCUACAGCAAUAUUGGGGAUAACCUUUUUGUGUCUGCGUGGUAUGUUGUGUUGGGCUCCUUCUUCGGGAUCGGUGUACACAUUGUACAUUACUACGUGUGUGUGCAACUGCUGAGUAGUGUUCUCACUGGGAGAGGAACUGUGGAGGUAAUGAUACCACCCAGGUAUGAUGGAUCAAUGGGGGGAAUUUGCUCUCUUCAUGAUUUGUUUUCUAAAACAGGAGACCCAAUUAACAAUUUCAUCGUUUAUAUGGCUUCGCUUACAAGAGUGAAAUUCCAAAACAUGAUGAGCUUCACCUACUUCCUGUGUUCCUUGCUGGCCUUGCUCACAUCCUCUGCUCUCCAUUUGAAGGGCAUAAUACUGGUGCUAAAGGAGAGUAGAAAGUUUAAAGGUAUCAAAAAAAAGGUGAUCACCCUGUUUGUAAUUGUGGUGUAUUUCCUUUGGGUUUGUUUUUAUUUGUCUCCUUGUGGAUACAACACAAAUUUAAUUAUGAAAUAUGCGACGUCCAGUUGUGUGUACCUGUUUGUCGUCUUUGCUCAAGUGGUUAGACUGCGGGAGAAGCUCUACUUUUUGUACAUUUUUAACGUGGACACUUUGCGAACUAGGCUGAACAAAAUUUUGUAUGGAAGAAGGAGGACCUACGAUUUGGAAAAAAGGGAGGAACACCCACUUGCACUUUUCCUCUUUCAAAAGUUGACAAUUCAUUGGUGUGUCUUAACGAAGUUUUUCAUCUCCCAGAUUUUACUGACCAUCGUUCUGAGCAACGUCCUGUACAAUGUUCAUUUUUGCCUCGACAGGGGUAUCACAGCUGUGGGGUCUCACUCCUCUAAUCAGUAUAGGCGCUUCGCACAGGACCCACCAUCUGUCCAUUCCUACCUACGGACCGCCUCUAACGAUAAACAUGGAUUUGCCAAUUUGAAUGCCUUUUCAAGUGGAGCGUCAAUCGUGGGGGGAACAAGUAUGAAAGGGGGAAUCACCUCAGAGCAGACAUAUCAACAUGUAUUCACAAACGCUGCACCAAAGGGAGGAGCAAACAAAAUGAAGGACACCAAAUCGGACACGUCAUGUGGGGCCUGCGCACACCUGACCGCUAUGAUAGCAACCGUAUUGCUCACCCUGUCCAUUUCGCUGUUCACCUUUGUAAGGCCAAAUAAAAUGAACUGCCUCGCAUGUGCCCCCACCAACACCUGGACCAUUAGCGACGUGGACUUCAAACGAAUGAACCCUGCGAACUAUGCAUACACAAGACCCAUAUAUUUUUUUGAAGAAAUUUUUCCCAUCGAGAGAAUUAUGCCUUGCUAUGUCUGGACGCACAUAAACAAACACAUUGAGAAGGCCAAACCAGUUACAUCAUUAGACGGGGAUGACCAAACGGAAGAAACGAUAUAUGACAAGAGCUUUUCUUACUUAAACAAAAAUGACUUUGAAAAUUAUAUCUUCAAUUUAAUCGAUCGAGGAUCCAAAUUGAGCCACUUUUCAGGGAUAAAAGGGCAGCACUAG